GGAUUCAGGAGAGAGAGAGAGGCCCUUGUCGUCCGUCUCAUUUAUCCAAUCCUUCACCUUCGCUCUCUCUCUCUUCACCUUCACCAUCACCACCACCAAUCUCCCUCACCUUCAUUUUUUUUCUUCGUAUCGCAGUCAUUCCUUACGCUGCAGAACUCUCGUUCGAUCCUUCUUUCAGUCACUCCUUCUUGAUUGAUUAGAGCGCGAGAGAAGAAGCCCGUGUCGUCGUCGUGUAGCGAGCGUGCCGUUCAUUCUCUGUUUAGCCCGACCCUUUCGCGUAAUAAUAGACCCUACUACCGGUCCUCCCUCGCCGCCAGCCCCGUACGUACGACAAGACUACAGCAGCGCGUGCGCCGUUGCCUCCAGUAGCCGCGACUUCUCCCCCGCCAGACUUACUACGCCCGACGCGCCCUCCCGCCACCAUGCGUGCCUCCUUCGCCGUCUCCGCCGCCGUCCUGGCCUUCGUCCAGGUCGCCGCCGCCACGCCGCCGGCCUGUCUGCUGUCCGCCCUCGGUGUCCAGGGCGACCCGACCGACUUCGAGGCCCUUUGCGGCACCCUGCAGCCCGCCAUCCGCGGCAAUCUGACCGAGAGCUGCCAGACCGGCGUGCUCUCCCAGGCCUACGACGCCUACUCCUCCAAGUGCCUCGAGCAGGGCGUCACCGUCUCCAAAUUCCCCACCAGCACCUCCAGCGCCGCCUCCAGCUCCGCCACCAGCUCCCGCUCCAGCACCGUCACCGGCCCGGCUUCCUCCUCCGCCACCCCGACCCAGGACGCCGAGGUCGCCGGGAGCAGCUCCACCCCUACUGGUUCCGACGACUCCGCCACGCCCACUGGCGCCGGCCAGGCCACCGAGCCCCAGCCCUUCCUCUACGCCGCCGCCGCCCUCCUGGCCACCGGAUUGACCAGCGUUCUCUUCCUGUAAAUCGUUUGCUACGAGGGGACGAAGGGGCGGUAUUCGCGGGUAGGGAAGAGUUGGUGGGAAGGGGCAGGGGGGGCGUUAGUAAGGAGAGAUGGAGGGAUAGUGGCUACUAUUGGAUUGCCCUGCGCCGGCUAUACCCCGAUCCGUCCCAGGCCAGGGAUAGGCGAGUUUGAAGAGUUGCACGUCGGUUCGCAGAUGGUCACGGGCAGUCCUAGUCAGGACUGAGAAUCGCCAGCUAUCCAGGCCCUAGUGGAGCGUGUGUAGAUAUUCGUACUAUUGGAUUAUAGAGCUUUUUUGAUAUAUAUAUACAUAUAUACAUAUUCAU